UUAUUAAACGCUACCUGUGAGCUGUUAUAGUACUGCGAAAAACCAAACGAGCCUAAAGAAGUCAACCAGUUUAUACGUGCUUGCCAAAACGACAGUGUCUAUUGAAUAGCGGCAACUUCAAGGUGUGCGUUACUACACAGGCAUGAGAAUAUACAGGUGCUGGUUUUGUUCAAGUCCAAUAUACCCUGGUCACGGGAUUCUAUUUGUCAGAAAUGACUGUAAAGAAUUCCGUUUCUGUAGAGGAAAGUGUCAUAAAGCUUUUAAAAAGCAUAAAAAUCCUCGAAAAGUAAGAUGGACUAAAGUUUCCAGAAGAGUUCGCGGGAAAGAACUAACUGAUGACCUCUCUCAAACAUUUGAGAGGAAGCGAAAUUCAUUACUGAAGUAUGAACGAGCAGCAGUUCAAAAAAUCGUUGAUGCUGUUCCAAAAAUUGAUCAGAUCAAGCAUAAACGAGAAUCCGCAUUUAUCAAAAAACGACUUUCGAAAGGAGUACAGUUGCGUAGAGAAGAAGAUAUUAAACUUGUUAACACACAAAUGCAUCUUAUUGAAGCCCCAGGAGCCAAAAGAAAACGUGAACUAAUGGAUAUUGAUUCUGAAACAGAUUUGUCGGAAGAGGAAACAAUGGACCUUUCAUUUACUGAACUAGAGAAGGAGACAAGUAAAAGAAAAGCAGUUGAUAAGUCAAAAACUCGUGGCAAGAAACAAAAAAUUGCUCUGGAAGCUAGCUGAUUGAAAUAUAUUGAUUUUGUACUUAUUUGAAUUACUAUUAUAUCUUUCAUCUUACUGAAGUAUGAA